UAUAAAAUAUUAAAAUAACCCAUUUCUUCCGCCCAAAAACUCAGAAAAUUUUCCCUCUCUUCCGCCUAAAAUCUCUCUUUCUUGCUCUUCCACUUAUCAAAAUCCCACUCAACAAUUGAUCUUUUAUUAAACGCACGCUUGAUUGAUCCAGUCACGUGAUCGAAAUAAUAGCCAGAUGAAGAAACCUUACGCUGGUUGUGAACUUGAUCUUGAGUAUCGACAUCCACGGAGUCGUUUUCUUGUCCUUCAUUGACGUUUUUGAGUUCAUCGAUCUUGUCCUCGAUGGAGGAACUGAAGCCCUCGGAAUCGGAGGCAUCAUCAUUUAGCAGAGGCUUGGGGCGGUCAAGGAGGUGUUGCGGUUGAGAGAGAUGCGUGUGGAGGGGAGAAACUGAGAGAAGGAGGAGGAGCGCGGCGAUAACGGCGCACACGUGUGACGGGGCCGGCGAUGAGAUCUGAGACUUCGUAGCAUUUCCGCCGUUAAAGAUACCGGAAGAUGGUGACAGUGACGGAAAUGAUUGAUGGUGUUAUUUUGCUAAGAGAGAAGGUGAGCUGAGAUUUGGAGCUCGUUGUUUAUCUUGUGUAAUGGCAGUUUGUGCCUGCUGCUUCGUGAAGCCUAAACAAGAAGUAGUUGCUAAAUCUGCUGCUCAAAUAGUUCAUGAACAGCAUGGAAAUAUGGCUCCUGCCGCCCGAAUGGCUAUGACUAGAAGAGUUCAUCCUCUUGUUUCCUUGAAUCCCUACCAAGGCAAUUGGACAAUAAAAGUUCGUGUUACAAGCAAAGGGAACAUGCUUACUUACAAGAAUGCAAGAGGAGAAGGGUGUGUCUUCAAUGUGGAGUUAACAGAUCAAGAUGCAGGAGAUGUAUGGGUUGCCUAUUUGUAGUCGUAAUAUGAGGAUUGGUGGGGCUGAUGGGUUUGGUGAUUGUGUUGGGAUGGUUAAUAGUUGCUGGGAGUUACCAAAUAUUGUGUUAGCUGGUGCAAUUGCAGUCAGAAUCUGUAUAUAUAAAGGGCAGUA